UCCCAGCUGCAGGCGGCCCGGAGCCUGCCGUGUGCGCGGCGAGCCCUGAGUCACUGGUGCGGGGGGACCGUGGUGCUGGGGCAGGCGCGGCCCAGCUGUGACAGCCCCGGCGAGCACCAUGCUGCCCACCCGGUUGUGCAUCAUGAGGAAACUUCCUUCUGUUCUGGCUAGGACACUCACUUCUGGGACCAGUGCCUCCCCAGGGCUUCCCAACAUGUCUGAAGGACAGUCACCCAUUCAUGUGAAUAAUGUGCGGAGCAAAUUGAGGGAUAUAGUGGGAGCAUCUACCAACUGGAGGGAUCAUGUGCAAGCAAUGCAAGAAAGAAAAGCUCUUCAUACUUUACUGGCAAAACGGCAGGAAGAUCUCCCUCCUAGGAGAAUGAAGGAUAGCUACUUGGAAGUUAUUCUACCUUUAGGAAGUCAGCCUGAAAUAAGAGAAAAGUACCUGAAUGUACACAACAGCGUAAGGUUUGGAAGGAUACUUGAAGAUCUUGACAGUUUAGGAGUUCUUGUUUGCUACACUCACACCAAGCAGGAAAUGCAGCAAAGGUCUCCUUUAUCCAUAGUUACAGCUCUGGUCGAUAAAAUCAAUUUGUGCCAGAAGAUUAUACAUCCAGACUGUGACAUCAAAUUCACAGGCAAUGUUUCUUGGGUUGGGAAGACCUCCAUGGAAGUGAAGAUGCACAUGCUGCAGCUGCAUGGUGGUGAUUACAGCCCUGUGUUAGAUGCAACCUUUGUCAUGGUGGCCCGAGACCCAGAGAAUAAACGGCCAGCAUUUGUUAAUCCACUCAUUCCUGAGAGCCCUGAGGAGGAAGAAAUCUUCAAGCAAGGGGAAUUGAACAAGAUGAAGAGGAUUGAAUUCAGCACUGCUUCCUUACUGAAAAUGGCUCCUACUGCAGAAGAAAGAAAUAUUGUGCAUGACAUAUUCCUUAAUACACUGGACACAAGGACAGUGAGUUUCCAGAGUCGUAGAUUACCACCCAAUUCAGUGUGGAUGGAAGAUGCAAAGCUAAAAGGCCUGGAGAUUUGCCAUCCAGAGGAACGGAACAUCUUUAAUAGGAUCUUUGGGGGUUUUCUCAUGAGAAAGGCAUUUGAACUGGGAUGGGCAACUGCUUGCAGCUAUGGGAGUUCCAGGCCCUUUAUUGUAUCUGUUGAUGAUAUCAUGUUUCAGAAGCCAGUUGAAGUUGGAUCCUUACUACUGCUUUCUGGACAGGUCUGUUACACAGAAAAAAAUUAUAUCCAGAUUCGAGUACACAGUGAGGUUUACAAUGCAAAUACCAGGGAGCACCAUACUACCAAUACUUUCCAUUUUACAUUUAUAUCAGAAAAUGAGGUCCCACAAGUUGUACCUAAGACAUACGGAGAGUCCAUGUUGUAUUUAGAUGGGAUGCGACACUUCACUGCAGUCAUGAAAGAAAUGUGACAGGCACUAGGAGCUGCAGUAGCAGUGCAGCAGCAUGCUGUCUUGGCAAGAGCUGUCACCACAGGUGGCUAAUGGACAGGUGUUUGUAAUACUCAGAAAAAGCCCAACAACCACCCAAAACCAAACCCAAGCUCCACACCAAAACCCUCCUUUUCAGUACUCUUGUAUUUGCAUAUAUUUGGAUUUUUUUAUUCUUUAUAGUAGAAUUUGUUGAAAUCUUUUACAUGCCAAUGCUAGGAAAAAGAGGCUUUGGA